AUGAAAAGAAUCCACCACACACACACUCACACACACAACAAAAUGAAAGAAACGAUUACAAUCUUAUUGACAAUUCUCUUAACGUCUAUUCCUUCUUGUUUCAGCAGCUACCCAUUUGAUCAUAGAGAUGAACCUUUCAUGUUUUCCAAUGCUUUUUAUGAAACGAAUCAUCUACAUGGCCACCACAUUACACGCAACAGUCACAUGCAAAAUCUCCAUGGGUAUGCUCCUGCACCUUCUCCUCGAGCACGCAACAGUCACAAGCAGAAUCGCCAUGGACGUCCUCCUAAAGCUUUUAACGUCAACAAUUUUGGUGCUAAAGCCAACGGAAACGACGAUUCUGGGGCAUUCAUGAAAGCUUGGGAAGCAGCUUGUUCGUCAACCGGAACAGUUUACGUCGUGGUUCCGAAAAAUAGAGCUUACAGGCUUAAACCGGUUAAAUUCUCCGGUCCGUGUGAAUCAUCCCUGAUUGUUUUUAAGCUUUACGGAAAUAUCGAGGCAUGGAAAAAAUCAUCAGCCUACGGGGAUCGUAGGCACUGGAUUGUGUUCGAAGCUGUGGAUAACCUUCGUGUUGAAGGUGGCGGUCGCAUCGACGGUAAUGGAAAGGUGUGGUGGCCAAAAUCUUGCAAAAUCAACCCUCAACUUCCAUGCCUACGAGCUCCGACGGCGGUUACGUUUGUGGGGUGCAAUAACUUGAUGGUAAGUAACAUUAGGUUGGAAAACGCACAGCAAAUGCAUAUGACGUUUCAAGAUUGCGAAAACGUGAAGGCUUUGCAUCUUAUGGUCACAUCUCCGGGCAACAGUCCCAACACAGAUGGCCUUCACGUUACCGGAACUCGCAAUAUCCUCAUUCAAGACUCUAUCAUCCGUACUGGUGAUGAUUGUAUAUCGAUAGUGAGUGGGUCGGAGAAUGUGAGAGCGACGGGCAUUACAUGCGGGCCGGGUCAUGGAAUCAGCAUUGGGAGUUUGGGAGAAGGCAACUCAGAAGCAUAUGUUUCAAAUGUGUUAGUCAACAAAGCGACUCUUAUAGGAACCACUAAUGGUGUGAGAAUCAAAACUUGGCAGGGAGGACAUGGAGUGGCAAAGAACAUCAUAUUCCAAGACAUCAUUAUGAAAAACGUUACAAACCCAAUAAUCAUCAAUCAGGACUAUUGUGAUCGUGUUGAAUCAUGUCCCGAGCAGAAAUCGGCGGUCCAAGUGAGCAAUGUAUUGUACAAAAACAUUCAAGGCACGAGCUCAAGACCCAUAGCUGUGAAAUUUGAGUGCAGCAAGAGCAUCCCAUGUCGAGGCAUCUCGAUGCAAAACGUUAGAUUGUUCGACCAAACUAGACAAGAUGUCUCCAAAGCUUCUUGCUCCAAUGUGAGGUUGGACACUCGAGGACAUGUUUCUCCUCUUUGCACUUGA